UCUUGGGCUGGAAGAAUUCGCGGCGAUGGCGACGACUGCUCGGUGCUUGAGAGGGACGCAGUGAAGCUGGCCUCGGCUCGGAUAUGACUAAUGCUUAUUUCGAUCGAGGUUUAUUUGCUGCGUUAGUAAUUGCACGGGCUUCGGGUGAAUCUGUGGCUUUUUAACUUCUUCGUCACUCCUUUUUCUCUGAUUUCCAUGUCUUACUUGUGAGAGUUUCCAAACAGGAUCAUCAGGACUACUCAUUGUCCGUUACUGAUUGUCUGUGACUGGUCCAGGCAGCAGAUCCUCGUUGGGUGACCCACACUCCUUCGCAGGGGCCAUGGAGGAGGAGGUGCAGCAGAGCUUGGAGUGCAUCCAGGCCAAUCAGAUCUUCCCCAAGAAGUCCCCCGUUCUGGAGGAACAAGACAUGCAGGUGCCCUUUCCUCAGCUGCAUGGGGAGUUCACAGAGUAUGUGGGGAGAGCAGAGGACGCCAUCAUCGCAACAUCCAACUACCGCCUACACAUCAAGUUCAAAGAGUCCGUUGUCAACGUUCCUCUUCAGCUCAUAGAGAGCGCGGAGUGUCGGGAUAUGUUCCAGCUCCACGUCACCUGUAAGGACUGUAAAGUCGUCAGGUGUCAGUUCUCCACCUUUGAGCAGUGUCAGGAAUGGUUGAAACGCCUGAAUGCAGUAGUGCGCCCUCCCUCUCGCCUGGAGAACCUCUUCUCCUUCGCCUUCCACGCCUGGUGCAUGGAGGUGUACGCUGGCGAGAAGGAGCAGCCCGGCGAGCUGUGCAGACCAGGCGAACACGUGACUUCCUGGUUCAAGAACGAGGUUGAGAGGAUGGGCUUUGACACACAGAACGCCUGGAGGAUAUCUGACAUCAACAGCAAGUUCAGGCUUUGCCCCAGCUAUCCUCAGCAGCUCCUGGUGCCAGCCUGGAUCACUGACAAGGAGCUGGAGAAUGUGGCAGCCUUCCGCUCCUGGAAGAGGUUUCCUGCUGUGGUUUAUAGGCACCAGACCACCGGAGCUGUGAUCGCCCGCUGCGGUCAGCCAGAGGUCAGCUGGUGGGGCUGGAGGAACGCUGAUGACGAGCACCUGGUCCAGUCCAUCGCCAAGGCCUGUGCCGUGGACGGAAGCUCCCGCAAACACCUGUCUAACGGCGGCUACACCAACGGCACUGACCUGCCCGACACCGACUUUGAAUCCUCCAUGACCAACAGCUCAGAGGUGGAGACUUUGGCCACACAGCCCCACAAGUUACUGAUCCUGGACGCCAGGUCCUACGCUGCUGCCGUAGCUAACAGGGCCAAAGGGGGAGGCUGUGAAUGCCCAGAGUACUAUCCCAACUGUGAGGUGGUGUUUAUGGGCAUGGCCAACAUCCACUCCAUCCGCAAGAGUUUCCAGUCUCUGCGUUUCCUCUGCACUCAGAUGCCUGAUCCAGCCAACUGGCUUUCUGCACUGGAGAGCACCAAGUGGCUGCAGCACCUGUCGCUGCUGCUGAAGGCGGCGCUGCUGGUGGUCAACGCUGUGGACAGAGACCACCGGCCCGUUCUGGUGCACUGCUCUGAUGGCUGGGACCGCACCCCUCAGAUUGUUGCUUUGUCCAAAGUGCUGCUGGACCCUUACUAUCGCACUAUUGAGGGCUUCCAGGUUUUGGUGGAGACUGAUUGGCUUGACUUCGGCCACAAGUUUGCCGACCGCUGCGGCCAUGGGGAAAACUCUGAGGACCUGAACGAGCGCUGCCCCGUCUUCCUGCAGUGGCUGGACUGUGUUCACCAGCUGCAGAGGCAGUUCCCAUGCUCCUUUGAGUUUAAUGAGGCCUUCCUGGUGAAAAUGGUGCAGCACACCUACUCCUGUCUGUUCGGCACCUUCCUGUGUAACAGCGGCAAGGAGAGGGAGGACCGCCACGUUCAGGAGCGGACCUGCUCCGUCUGGUCCCUGCUGAGACCGGCAAACCGCACACUGAGGAACAUGCUGUACUCCUCCCACUCCGAGACAGUUCUCCACCCAGUGUGUCACGUACGCAACCUGAUGCUGUGGACGGCGGUCUACCUGCCCAGCUCCUCCCCCACCACCCCCUCAGAUGACUCCUGCGCCCCCUACCCGGUGCCUGGUGGCAACCCUGAGGAUGCACCCCUGGGCAGACGUACGAAGACUCGUUCGUUCGACAACUUGCCCAGUGCAUGUGAGCUGGGAAGCUCUCUGGCUCCUAACCGCCGCUCCAGUGACCCGAGCCUCAAUGAGAAGUGGCAAGACCACCGGCGAUCUCUGGAGCUCAACAUGGCAGUGGGGCCCGAGGGAGGGGGCAACCCGGACCAGGAGGUGUGGCCUAAUGGAGUGGGGCCUUACCCAGACGGAGUGGACUCUGAAUUGGAGGACAGCCCGCAGCCCCGGGGCUCGCACGCUGAGCUCGGACAGGAAGCCUCUGUGAGCACAGCAGCAACGGGAGAGGAAGCAAAGGAGGCGGAGCUCUCUGUGGCGGUGGGCGUGGCGGAGGGCCAAAUGGAGAACAUCCUUCAGGAAGCCACUAAGGAGGAGGCGGGAGCAGAUGUUCAGAGAGAGGGAAGUGCCGCUGUCACACAUGUCACUGACACCGUUAACACGGAGUCAGAGGAAGUAGCAAAAGUUGAAGAGGAGGAUCAGUGUGCUGAGGUCAACGGGACUGAGAUACAGAGAGCAGCGCUUGCUAAUGGUCACCAUCCAGUAAAUGGUAUAAUGGAGGCCAAUGAGGAGGGUGUGUCUCCCCCUCUGCCCACACAGAUGGCAGAGGAGCUCGAUCAACAAGCAGCUGAGGUGACUCAGGCCCCAGAGGAUCUGGAGAAGCAGGAUGUAGAGAACUCUUCUGUGCAAGAGGAGCUUGCACAUGGACCCAGUGAGUCCGGCUCAGAUGAGUCGGAGGAGCCUGCAGCCCAUAGAACUAUAACUAACGGCUUUGUGGACCGGUCGCCUGAAGAGCCAGAGCCUGAUGUGGAUGAGGAGACCUGCCCUGACUCUGAAUCUGACCACGGUGACUCCGUGCCAGUGGAGCAGGUGGAUAAGAGGGCCUCCCUGAUGGAAAGCUCCACAGAGACUUUAACUGAAGAGGCCUGCGGCAGGAUGGAGCCACCAGCACAGCCACCCGUCUGUCCGGCCCGUCAGCCCUGCAGUGACGGCAGGAACCAACCGCCCUGCUCCAGGAAGGAGAAAGGUCUGGAGGCAGGCGAGCAUGGCUUUAUCAGAACUUUAAACGGGGGCUGCAAGCGACCCUCGGUCAGUGCCUUUCAGUCUGUGAGUGCUGACCCCAGCAGGGAGGGGAUUUGUAACGGCGACAGCUCCGACGGGGAGCCCUGUGGAGGACAUCACUGGGCCAAAGGGAACGUGGAAAGGGUUCCUCUGAGUCGACAGGUGUCCCUAGCGAGCUGCAACUCCCUGAUCCUCCAUCCACGCGGAAGCUGCUCCCAGCACCGCUGGUGCCACGCCCUGCUGGGCCGGGCCGCCAUCAGCCCGGAGCAGCCGUCCCGCAGCCACCUUGACGACGACGGGCUGACCAUGCACACGGACAUCAUCCAGCAGAGGCUGAGGCAGAUCGAGGCGGGACACCAGAUGGAGGUGGAGACUCUGAAGAAGCAGGUGCAGGAACUGUGGAGCCGCCUGGAGAAUCAGCAGCACGCCGGCUCCCACCGGAUCAACGGAGACAUGGGAGACGAAGUGACCUCAAUGACAGACUCUGAGUACAACCUGGACCCCAACUGUUUGUCGCGCUGCAGCACAGAGCUUUUCUCCGAGGCCAGCUGGGAGCAGGUGGACAAGCAGGACAAUGAGGUGACUCGCUGGUACCCCGACCAUUUGGCAGCCCAGUGUUACGGCUGUGAGAGCAGGUUCUGGCUCGCCGCCAGGAGGCAUCACUGCAGUGGCAGGGAGCCUGUCCAGGAGGUCUGGAACUGCGGUAACGUGUUCUGUGCCAGCUGUUGCGACCAGAAGAUCCCAGUGCCAAGCCAGCAGCUGUUCGAGCCCAGCCGCGUCUGCAAGACCUGCUACGGCAGCCUCAAGCUGUGCCCGGCUCCCCUGGACCUGGACCUGGAGAAACCCAUCACAGCCAGCUCCAACUGAGCUUCAGAGCAGCGGGACAGGAUGAGCAGCCGGCCGCCGGCACCGGCGCACCGCUGAAGAAGAAGCGCACAGGAGCUACACAGAAUGUCCCAUGUACUUUGUGUGUGUGCGCGUGUGCGUGUGCGUGUGCGUGUGCGUGUGUGUGUGUGUGUGUGUGUGUGCGCGUGCGCCGCAGAGAUGGAAUUUAAUGUGUAUAUACAGAUGAUGCGGCGGAGGAGCUGAAUGACGUGUUGGUGAGAUGCUGAGCGCUCUGAAAAGUGGGUGUGCACAGGAGGAGGUGUGUGAGUGUGUGUGUGUGUGUGUGUGUGUGUGUGUGUGUGUGAGUGUAAUGCACACAUUUGCCACACAGAUGGUUUGUGGCAGUGACGGGACGCCACUCUGAGGAGUGAGAAUGGACAUGCUGGUGCCUUGGACCAGGCAGGCAGAGGAGGUGGUCUCACUGUGUUUGCUGAAGUCUCUCGGAGGACUUUGGUCUGUUGAAUCAUUUAGCAGCUCGUCGGACUCUUACGCACCAUCAUCUCAAAGCUUGGACUCUUUACUUUGGAGGACGUAGGAUCAGUAGCCACAUGGAACAUCUCCAGAGACGGUCCCUCAGCUUUAGAAAUGUCUGGAUAGCUGAUAUUUCACAGAUGUUGUUUAGGCAACGCUUUAAGGGUCAGUUCACCCAAAUUGCAACACUAUGUUACCUCACUUAGCUCUCGUGGUAUCCAACCGUGACGCACAUCUCAUUUCAGUUCGUUUUGGGAUCUCAUUUCUGAGAUUUCUGCUGCCACACGGAGACAGUGGAGCUGCUCCUGUUGUUUUCAAUUGUUAAUAAGUCAUCAGAUCAUUUUACCAGUUAAUCAAUUCAUAUUUUCUUUCUGUAAUAUAUCAGAAUAUAGUGAAAUAUGACCAUUAUAUUGUCUAAGAGGCCACACUGCUUGUUUUGUCCGACUAACGGUCCAAAACUAAAAGAUAUUCAAUUAUAUAACAAAUAUAUAAAGUUUCAUUUCUUUACAUUUGAGAACCUGAAACCAGAGGGUGUUUUCUGCAGUUUGACUAUUCGAUUAUAAAAUAACUAAUUGUUGUUUGUGGCUCACAGUGCUGAAGAAUUUCGGAAGCAGUACGCCACCGAUUUAGUAUUGAACCUCCGAUAUAUCUUGACUUUUAGUCCCCUAGUGUGGUUCAGGGUCCAACAAUGCAACUCAGUCGUGUCUUUAAACUGGAUCCUUCCUACCUACCCUGAUGACGUCACUAUGACGUCAUCAGGGUUAUAUUAUUUUAUAUUUUUUAGACUUGAUCAAUACCCUCCUGAGCCACAGAAGACAUUAUACAACUUGUCAGCUGUAUGCCUCAUGAUAAGUAAACUGAUUUUAUGUGAAGAAUUGAUGAAGUGCUCCUUUACAAAAUUCAUUGGACUCAUUACUGGAUCAUCCACAAUCUAGUAAUUUUGGUGAACUGACCCUUUAAAAUGCUCUGGGCUGAAUCUCAACUUGCAUAUUUGGAAAGAAAUAGAAGAAAGAAAAUAUAUAUUGGCGUGUUUGUGUUACUGUGUUGAGAUUCAGCCCAGAGGACGUUAGAAUCCUCAAAGUUAAGCUUUUUGAGGAUUUUUUUAUUCUCUCAAAGUACUUUACUUCUUUUGAGUACUUAUCUCGUUCACAGCGAGGAGAGUUUAUUAUCUUUGAACAGAAUCACCCACGUGAGUCUUAAAACAGGACUAGUUAGUUAAAAACAUGUGACCCUUUAACAGCUGACGGCCGCUCGGCUCUUCCUGCUGACAGACUGUUACUAAGCUGAUGUGUUGCGGCGUCGUCACUGUGUGUCAGACGCAGACUGACCGGCGGAGCAAUCUCUCCUGUUGGCCAUACCAUCACGCCCUUCACUCACAACAGCCCUGGUUUUUAGUGUUUUUACCCAGCAGGCACUGGGAGCUGAGCGUCACUUUUCAGUCUCUCAGUGGAAAUCACUAGUACAGCUGUGAAUUUGACACAUUUAACUUCCAUGUUCAAAUUUCCGAAGGAAACGCAUUCUCAUUUUUAUUUAAUGUAAUUGUUUUCUCGAGGCUGCCGUAGACUGUGACCUCACUUGUGAUCUCCGCUGCGAUUGGCUGAGAAAUCGAGGAGAGCAGCGGCAACAGAAAGGGCUCUUGUUUUUAAAAGUCUGUAACUCCCUCAUGAAAUAUGUUAGAGAAGCUUCACCGAGACACCCGCUCUGCCUAACACCCAUUCAAUGACCUCCUUACACACACACACACACACACACACACACACACACACACACACACACUCUGUUUUGUAAAAUAAAUGAAUAAAAUAAUAUAUUCAGAUACCUAUAUAGCGUUUAAGAAAAAUGUAUAGAAUCCUUGAUUAGUGGCUCACUUAAUUAGUCACCAAAAAGUUUUUUUUAUUUUUAUUUCUUUGUUUUCUUGUUAUUAAUUGCAGAAAAAAAAGUAUAUUUUGCGACCUGUUGAAGAUAACGUGUUUUUUUUUUAAUAGCGACGCAGGGUGUCCUGUUUUGAUGCUGCAGUGGUUUUCCCUCUGAAAUGCGAUCGUUAUUUUUGAUUUAAUUUAUUCAAGGUUUGUUGCUGUUUGAAAUCCAGACAAUUCAAAUGCCACAGGAUAAUCAGUGUGUGUUGAGAGGAGGAGUGAGAGAUGGUUCUGAUCCGAGGCUACAGCGACACUCGACGUCAUUUCUGUUUUGUAUCAGCCAAUGGCAGGAGGACUCGUGGCUCUAACCAUUUCCAUAUUAGGAGGAGAAGGGGUUAAGUCAGAGCGUCACGUGACCUCCGACGAUCACGUUUGAGACUGAGAAUGAAACGAGUGCGUCGGUAGCCAAUGAGAAGUCGAUGCACUGAGAGAACGGUAGUCCAAAACAAACAGCCUAAACCCAAAAUAAAAGCCCCCCCUCAACUCACCCACACACACAUUGCUCCAUACAAAGUCAUCUACAAACACUACCUCUACUUUGUGCACACACAGAUUCCCACUGAGCUUCUAGUUGCCGAGUGACUUUCCACAUCUACAUCAUUGGGAACGGCCUUUGUUGUUAUCAUUGAAUUAUUAUUUGUCCCCCUUAGUCAGCUGGAGAAUUAAAGGUACAGCACACAGUCAGACGUUCAUUUUAAUCGUCAUCUUGUUGUUGAGAAUGACAAUCUUUUCAUCUUUCUUCCUCCUCAUCAGCUUGUCGGGUCAGCAGAGAACGGCCCACUUGUGCUUCGGGAUGAUAAAGUUUUGAUUAUCGGAGGAAAUGCAUAACUGUGAUUCAUGACAGCAUGUUACUAUUCAAUCGUACUCGAGCUUAUAUCACCGAUCAUAUCUCCUGUUGGAUUUAAAUCAGCAGAUGAUUGAAGUGUGCAGUGGAGCUGAUGUUGAAAGGUGGUUUUUCUCACUGUCCUGUGGAAGUGGUGUUUAAAUCAAAAGCUGGACUCCCAGUCUCUUAAACAGAACGGAAAAUAGGAAUUUGUUUGGCCCCUUAUUUUUGUAAAUGUAAUAUUUACUUGUGAUGAGCAACAAGAGUGGCAUUAACUGUUCAAACACUCAUACUACUGCAUUAAACGUGCAGGAAAUUCAAAUUUUGGUUCGACGCAGACCAGCCUCUCUAAUCUGAUCUGUGUUUUGAUAUCUGAAGAAAUUUAGAUUAACUGAUCUUCAACCAGAAUAUAGACUUAACAUCCAACGAUUAUAAUGUUGAUGUGAAGCUGGCUUGUUAUUCUAGAUCAGUGCUCCUAUUAACGGAUGAUUUAUUCCAAGUGUCUAUGUUGUAAAUGUUGACGGAUAACGUUUGCCAUCACUUCAUGAUCUCUUAAAUAUAGACUGAAACGGUACCAAAAGACUAAAUUUGGCUAUAAUGAGAUGCGUAAUGUCCCUUGAAGUCCAAAGCUUUUUCCCUUCCCCUGUAAACACAUCGGCAGGCGGCAGCAUGACUCCUUACUCUGUAUCGUCACCACCAUCACAGGCAUGUGGGGCACCAAGCUUGUCUUGUUCAACAACCCAUGAAUGUGAAUUCUCUAAAAAAGAUAGAAAAAAGGCUAUUUUUUGCACGUCAUUAAGACAACACUGCCUCAGAGUGCAUCAAAAUAAAGGUGAAACUGAA